AUGGCAGCAUCCAUCACUCGUGCUUUUACAAAGCGCCACAAGCGCCCUGAGAUUUCGACUCCUAUGCCCUUCCGCGAAGGCCUUGUCAAGUACUCAUCCGGCACCAUCAAUCGUGGCAAGAUCUCUGGCCCCGUGGAACUCCUAUCGGCAACGAACCCGCUUGUAUACAACGCCCCCGAUCUGGGUUCAGUGUCGUCAUCUUCUUCCGCCUCCUCACUUAGAUCCUCCGAUGAAAGCGAUGUGACUCCUGUGUCUCCCAUUACCCCAAUAUCGGCUGAGCCCCAAAUGGAGCCAAAUCACCUCUCGGGCUAUUUUCCUAAACGAUCGGCAACAAUUACCAGCACGACUCGCUCUUCAACGUCUUCCACGGGAUUUGAUGCGCCCAGUGUGCCCAAGCGUGCGCUUUCGCAUACCAAGAAAUCGCAUCAAGAUCUUGCCCGCAAGCGGUCUGUGUCACGGAUGUCCCCUCCUCCCACGUCUAUGGGAGUAUCGACAACCCGUCCCAGCCAAGAGACAUUUAAGCCUGUUCCCGAAUAUGCUGAGCAUCCCUUCAGUCGCGAGCUUGACAAAGUGAAUGAGGUGGCAGAGGAUUUUGGUGCUUUGAGGGUCUUGGAAGAGGAGGAACAGAUUCUUCUCAGCAAGGGUUUGAAGAAGUUCUCGUUGAAUGACUAUCUUUCUGAAAUUGAAGAACUUUACGGCGGUGUUUUCGAGGACGAAAUCGGCCCUCUAGCGACGAACGCUUGGCUCUAA